GUCAAUCGUCACGUCACAUUCGCAACGUCAGAUGUAAACGUAUUACUAAAGACCGAAAAAAAGUAGUUACAAGUUUUUGGAAUAACUGAAAAUAAAAUGUAUAACUAAUUUUUAUAAACAUUUACAAGAUAGUCUACGAAAUUAAGUUGAAACAAUGGGUAUGUUAUUUAGUUAUUUCAAAAGCCUUAUAGGCACUCGAGAAAUGAGGAUUUUGAUUUUGGGAUUAGACGGUGCAGGAAAGACGACAAUAUUAUACCGAUUACAAGUAGGAGAAGUAGUAACUACCAUUCCAACUAUAGGAUUUAAUGUUGAACAAGUUACAUAUAAAAACCUCAAAUUUCAAGUAUGGGAUCUAGGGGGCCAGACAAGUAUAAGACCAUAUUGGAGAUGCUACUACAGCAAUACAGAUGCAAUCAUAUAUGUAGUUGAUUCAGCUGAUAAAGAAAGAAUAGGCAUAUCAAAAGAUGAAUUAGUUCCAAUGUUAAGGGAAGAAGAGCUAGCAGAUGCCAUCUUAGUAGUACUUGCGAAUAAACAAGACAUACCGGGCUGUAUGUCGCUGAAAGAAGUUCAUCAAGCCUUAGGCCUCGAAGCAUUAAAAAAUAGGACGUUCCAAAUAUUCAAAACAUCUGCUACCAAAGGCGAAGGUUUAGAUAUGGCCAUGGAGUGGUUGGCCAACGCUCUGAAGAACCGGAAAUAACACUUAGUAAUUCCAGUUUUCUAGUCUGUAAUACAACACCGCAUCCUUGUAUAAAUUAUUUUAUAAAGUUUUAAAAAUUAUUUAAUUAUUACAGUUUUGUUCAAAAUCCGUACGGAAUAUUAUGAUCAAAGGAAAAUGGAAAAGCUGAAAUACAUAUUAGCUAUAAAAAUAACUAAAUAUAAAUUGCCAUGUAGAGGUGGUUGUUGUAUUAAAGGAAUUUGGGGCGGUGUUGAUUGACAGUGUUGCUAUUUAUCACACCUUAGCAGUAACCUAUUAUUGUAGGAAAUUGGAAAACGUAUUAGUCUUUAAUCAAAGUAUGUUGUACAUAAAUUUUGUUUCUAAAAUGUUUAUAUUUCACAUUUAUUUAUAUUUUUAAUUUAGUGUGUAUAAUGUAUGUUAACACAAUUAUUUUUAUAUGUUUUCUUGAAUUAAAAACAACACAAUUAGAUUUGAUUCUGAUUCAAUUUUAUGACUCUACUUAGUAAUUUUGCAAAAUGCAAAAGUGUCUACUGGAGCUUCGUGAGUUAAUAAGAUAAAUAUAGUAUGGUCUGAAAACUUCUUAUAAUGAUACACUUCUUUGUGAGAUUUGCCACUUGAACUAAAAAACUUACGAAGAUUGAUCAUUUGCAUUCGUUCUCAACUUUCAACGUUCAAAGGCAAGUCAAUAGUACUCAUAUUGCCACUUUGUACCAGGCUUGUGUCUCAGAAUACCGAAGGGUAGUCCUUAUGUUCUACUUCUUUUGUUUGUUUUGUGGGUUGUUCUGUAUAUUUGCUAAACUUUUGUGUGAUCUUAUCUAAAACGGAAUCGGCGUGAAGAUUCUAGCUCUGGAGGUAGAUUUAUAUUUGUUCGUGGGGUUUUCAGUCUUUCUAAUACUUAUCAAUGGAGGGGUCCGGCAGUAAAAAAUGCUAAGGGGCAAUAAAGAGGACUUGAGUUUUGAAGUGUUGAAUUUUGAAAAAAAAUUCUUAUAUUUUUCAUUAAAAAAUAUAAGAUUAUAAAGCAUAAAAUAUUUCAAGUAGUUUAACGUUAACUGUUGCUGACUUAACACUUCUUGGUAGGUACUACGGGUUUAUAUUUCUAUAUUUACAUUUUUACAACUUUUGAAGAUAGGGAUAAUUUCACAGUUUUGUAAAAGCCUACCGGUUGAUUAAAAUAACUUUAGUACCGAAAAAUCGUAUAUAUCCCCUUGCUAACCCUAGUUACAAGAAAAGUCUCUGUCGUUUAGCAACGUUGUGUGGCCUACCUGAGGAAAUAUAUGAACUAUUUCUUUAAAAUAUUCAUUUUGUAAAAGGUAAAGCCAAAGACCAAUGAUGGUCCAGUUUUUAUUUUGUCCGCAGCAAUUGCCUGAAAUGGCUAUUAGUUUUCUGCCACGAAUAUUAUUUUCCUCAAAGUACAUUUUGAGAUUUCGUCCGACCCUCUUUUAGCAGUCGAUUCAUCCCACUUAAAAAAGUGACCUCGAUCAUCAAUAUAUUCUAAAUAUAUCGAUAUAUCAAUAUAUGCUAAAUUAUAGUAUCAGUUUUCUUUUAUAGAACAUAGGACUAGUGGUAAGCUUUGGUGUGGACAGGGUGUGCUGUAGAUUAAAACUUAUUGCAUGCACAUCAGAGCUUAAGUUUGUUUCCUCUGCUGCGUCUCUGACUACCCGUUGAACUGCUUUAGCUUUUCUGUAAUUAGUUCUCGUUCAGAUUUAAUUAUAUAUACUGACGUAAGUUUUCAAUAAAAAAAUUGAGAAAAUCUAUAUCAGAUUUGGAAUAUUUUUUAGGAUGAUUUGAAUAUCAACCUCCUAUAGCUGAAUUUGGGAGUAUUUGAUCCAAUUUUCGGACUCAGGUUGGUCAAUGUCCUUAUUUUGCUACAUAAAUGUAUUUUGGUAUUGCUACAUAAAUGUGGUUCUAUAGCAGAAUUCUACGCGUAUCCUGAAAAAAAUAUAGAACCAACCUGUCAAUUCUGGAAGAGCUUCAUAUAAAAGAUAGGCUAUAAAAAAAGUAAACCGAGCAUAUCUAAUUUACUUUGGCCACAUAGAAGAACGGGGACCAUGGAAUGAUUGGUAGUAGAAGGAAAGGUACAAGGCCGAAGACCAAGAGGAAGAUCUUUAACACGAUGGGCAGACCAAAUUAAGUCUAUGGUUUUAAAAUCCCUACAUGAAGCCGUCCAUAUGCCACAAGAUCGCAGCCAAUGGAAAUAGUAAGCUAAUAAUAUUUAGAGCAUCACCACGCGCUGACAAGGGCUCAAGGAAUGAGAGGGAGGAGGAUCCAAUUUUCAAUUGUUUCGCUAGAGUUUCAACUCAACCUCGAUUUUUCUGUAAACCAUGGAUACUUAUGAAAGUCAUUUUGCAUACCUUAAGAUCUUUUCCUUGUGAUUUUAAUGUAUUAUCAAUAGUUUGAGAUCUUUUUGACACUACUGCCUUAGUUUUCUUUCUAGUCAUAUUUGUAGAUAUCAUACAACCUUGAAAGUAAACAUUUUGUGUAUGAAAAUUCAUAUGCCCCAAAAAUUAAUAAAAAUUGUCUGCAGGUCUUUAUUAGAUGAAAAUAGCUCGCAGAGUUUAUUGUGGCAACUACACGGUGGACCUUGUGUUUUUGAUAAAUCAUUUGAUAAUUUCGCUUACCUCUGUAUUGAUUAUAUUCUUUUCCGUGAAUUAUUUCGUUUUUAAUUGCUUACUUAAAUUGCGUUUCUUUUUCUAGAUUUUGUUUUUGAAACAAUAACUUCUUUUUUUUUUGCUUACUUUGUUCAUUUAAUUCUCUUCCAUUUUCUUUUUCUUCUUCCUCCUUUUCUCUUCAGUACUUUUUCCUGGAUAUGUAUAACAAGACAUUACUCGAACUCCAUGUCCUUUCCAAAGUUUUCUAAAGCACUCAAAUAAAGAUAUAGUGCUGCAGAGUCUUCAUUUUUACGUUCAUUAAGUAAAAAGUGUUAAUUUGUUUUUGCAAAAUGAAGGUGAUGUAAACAAUGUUAAGUACAUCCUUUACCAUUUUUUACUUGCGAACAUUCAUUUUAAGCAUAUAAAGAAAUUUAAAUUCUUUGUAGAAAGUUGAUCGAUCUUCAUUAAAUAUUUGCAAAUUCAUGAUCUUUUUCUGAGUCAAUCAUCGUAGUCUCAGAAUUGUCACUAUUAAACGCAAAAAAGCUAUUUAGAUUUGAACAACUUGCAUUGUCUUCCGCCAUCAUGGACCUUGACAUUAUUUUCAUGCUUAUGCAUAUAUGCAAGUCCCUUAUCCAAUUUUAAGAAAUUAAUUUGGCGCCAUCUAUUAUUGGUAGGAUAAACUAAGUGAAAUUUUCUGCUUUACCAUGUCCCUUACCAUCUUUUACAUACUAUUUCGCAAAAAAUCAAAGUGUGUCCCUUACCAUUGUUUACUACCGAGCCCUUAAUGUUUGCGAUAAGAUGAGACUUAGUUUUGGUUUUGCCUGGUUCGUAUAUUGCACAUAAAUCAAAUAACAAUUUAAAUUGACGAACAUUGUUAACAAGAAACAAUGACACUGCUUUAAACUUUAAAAUAUAUAAACAUGGAUUUUGAUUAAAAAUGAUACUUUUUCUAAACUAGAGAAGUACCUUAAUAAAAGAGAAUUGCUGGAGUCCAUUGUUUUACAAAUAUAAUAUUAUUUACAAACUACUAGAUUACAGCUUGUUUUAUAAGUAAACCACAAUUGUUAGUUAUAUUUGUCAAUCAAACAGUAAUGUUUAGCAUCCUUUCAUAAUAUUAUGUACGGAUUUUUUGUUUCGUUUUUGAUUUAUGUUAAGAAAAAUAAUUAGUGGCAAGGAAUAUAAAGUCUUUCAUGCUUUACUUUUUAAUUCUAAAUUGUGAUCUAGAUAACAGAUACCUAUUGAUUUAUUUGAAUAUUUACUGACGGUUCUACAGCCAAACAUUUACCUGUUUAAAUUUUGUAUUCAGUGCUCAAUUUUCAAAAAAGGUUGCAAUAUAAUAAGGUAAAAUUGCAAAAAAAUUGCAAUCUAUAUAAAACUCUUAAUAUAUGGCAUCUUUUGAGAUGGAUUUCUAGAUUUUAGAUAAAUGGGUCGUUUAUCAUCUUAAAUCUUUCCUCACUGCGACCUGAAUGAUCUUUUGUGGUGGAUUCAUUGUGGUUUUUGUUAGCUUGUUCCUGGGUGUCGCUUGACACUCACUUGUUGAGAUUUCUUAGCUUUCUUUCGAUCGUACUCAUCUAAAAAUUGCGAUCAUAACUGAGCAUGGAGAGCCCCUCCACAACGAGAACGUCUCAGUUCUCGGAGAUGUGCUAAGAUGGAUGCUCUAAGUUAUCUAGCAUAUUCUAUUUGCAUAAACGAAUGUGUAAAAAGUAUAUUUGUGUACCGAUAAAAUAUGAAUAAGGAUGCCGUUUCAUUAGAGGGUCAUUCUAGUUAUACGUUUCCUCUUCAAAAUUCGUGUAGUUUUAGUUUUCAUGUGGAGGGGGGGGGGGAAGACACUUUCAGACACUUAGGAGUAUACUAUCAGGAUCCAAUUACCAAUCUUUUAGUACGCAUUUUAUGUACGUACUUUUUCUAAAGUUCAAUUUUCAUUGCAUCACGUUACUUUUUCCUAGAUAUUUCUGGUUCUUUGGUGUAAAAAGAUCCAAUUUCUGAUGUACUUAGUAGUUGUUGCCCGUGUAGUUUUACUUUUUUUCCAUUAUUUGUUUUGAUGAGAUGUUUUUGGGGUGGUAUGUAUUACACAGAAUGACGGACGAUAUGGUAGUCAAGAUAGCGACAAAUCGUCGUUUUGUAGAGGAAGUGUAGGAGGACGACGGAAAACAGAAACAGACAGAAUUACCCAAGAAAAUAGAACAAGAAGAUGUAUUAUGAAGAGAGUUUCUAUAGGAAACUAAUAGCACUAACACUUCGAAGAUACACUACUGAAAAAUGACCGAAAUUCCAAUCGUUUAGGCGGUCUGAGAAGUCUAGUAACUCCAUACGAAUAUAGGUUAUUUCGCGCAGCUCAUCAUAAAUUAUGUCUUAAGGUAGUAUAUAAGACAUACACAUAGUGCAUAAAUAAAAUCUUCCUUUCCAUCUGAGGUUCCAUUUGAAACCAGUUUUCUCAGGAUUAUACUUAUGGAAAUUAUUAGUAGCAACUUUUCUGUUCUAAAAAGAAUCGGUCGUCCAAGUUUAACAAUGUCUAAAAAAAGUAUUUGGCAGCUAUUAUUGAAACGAUGCAACUUUUUACAGAAACAAAAAAAACAGAAAUACUAAAUAUAACAUGAAAAAAUUUGUUUCGAAAGUUUUUUUACCUGACACAUCUCUUACAAUCUCUAUGGAAAUAUCGUCACAAACAUGAUAAAUUAUAUCAUUAUUUAAUGUUUCAGAAUUUCAAAUGAGAAUUCUUUGAAUAAGCACAUUUAUUUAAUGAAUACAUAUUAAUCUCUGUUUUAAUUUUUAUCAAGCAAUAUUCUUCAAGUUCGUUUGAGUUUGAAAAUCAAUAUCGAAAUCGAACUUAAUUGAUCUUAUUUGCAGCUGUUAUAAAUGGUCGGUUUGUUGUAAAUCUAAACUAUCUCGAAAGUUAUUCAUACAAGAAGUUCUUCUUUCUUGACUUCUUCUAACUUAUAUUUUAACUUCCAGUAUGGUUCGUAGUGGCGAUAUUUAGGUCUUCUUACAACUUGUCCAAAGUUUUUUAGAAAGAGUCUUUAUUAAAUUUAGUGAUUUAUAUUUAGUUAAGAUGUCUCUAUCAAAUUUAUUAAGACAUUGCUCAUUAUUCUCAGACAUAUUAACUAUUUAGUAAUCGUAACGCAAUAUAUAGUUAAGCUUUAUCUUCUGAUAUAUCAACUUUGCAUGAGCAUUUGCAUAACAAAUUUUGUUAAACACAAUUCUAAUUGUCCUUGCGCCAGUUUGUUUUUCCCACCACAUUGAAAAGAGACGAAAAAACCAAAAAACUAUGUCGAACUUAUGUAUAUUCUUAUUGUAUUGUAGUAUAUUCUUUACUAUAAAGAUUGAUUUUAACCAACGUUUUGAUAGAAUAAAUAUUAACCCUAGAUCAAGGCAUUUUGCACCAUAGUGAACAUGAAAAUUUCCUUUUUUUUUCUUUUUAUUUCCACUUCCUUGAUAAAUAGGCACCUGCGGAUGCCUAUGAAUCUGAUGUCUUAGUCUGAUCUGAUCUUAGUCUCAAUGUACUUUUUCAGCCUUUUGGUGGUUUUUCUCGUAAUAUUUUUAUUAGUCUGUGCUCUCCCAUUUCAGUUACGUGGCUGUUCCAGCCCUAUUUUUUGUCUACUACCCAUUCAUUUAUUUUUUUACCGUUGUAGGUCCUAUAGUAUUUUUACUGUAAUAUCUAUUUGACGCAGUUCCGGGAAUUAAUCUUCUUUCUUCUUAGUAUCGGAUCUUGCCUCUUCAGUAUUUCGACCUUGUUAUUCUAGCUUAAUUUAUCUGUUUCUUGUACAAUUUUCGCUUUUGUAUUACCAUAGUAGUUAGUUUCUCAUCAGUAUUCUUAAGUAGGAGUAUGCCACUUUUUGAAGAUGCUUUGUAAUAGCACGAUAUUGCUGCAGAAUAAGAAAAUUUUCCAAAUGGCGUCUGAGGAAGGAUGUGCGUAAAAAUGUUAAUGAAAACAAUGGAUAAAGGAUCUCAAAAAUUAAAUGAGCCUGAAACUUUGUGGAUAUUAAUAAUCUUAUCUUUUUCUUUAUUUUUUCUUAAUCUUAUUAAUGAUGGCGAAUCUCUUACACAAUUGCUUAAACUUUCAUAGCCAUAGGCUACCUCUUCCGUGUCUUCCCAUAAUUUAGCUUUUAAGUACCAACCAAAAUCUUUUACUCAGGAUAUGUGGUUGAAAUAAGCGGUUUUUCUUGUUUGUAAGUUGAUAGCAAGUAUUAUCUCUUAUCGUUUCGGUACUCAAAUCGAAGAGUUUCUAAAUAAUCAAUAAUUUGGUUUGACGUUUUUUAUUUUAAAUAUAUAUUGAGUAAUAACCGAAUUCACUUCAUUUAUUUCAUUCUUACGGUAUCAUCGACUUAAUACAUACUAUUAUAGAGAAAGUGCUCGUUCAUUUUAAUACAUUUGUUCGCACUUUCCAAGGAAUUUUUGUGGUAUAAAGUUGAAAGAGAGGAAAGACAAAUACUCUUAUUUAUAGAAUCUAAAUUUUAUUAGAGUCACGUGAAGUCAUCAAUAAUAAGUCAUUGGUUUCAUCGUAGUAUAUCUACUUGAAUUCUUCAACGCGAAAUCGAGAAAGACAGAAAUUAUUGUAAAAUGUCUGUGUUCAACAUCGGAUUUGUAUAAGUCUAAUGAAAAUGAUAAGUUCAGCAGAUAUGUGUGACUAUUUAUCAUUGUAUCAAAAUUAUUAAAGUCAUCAAAAACAUUGUAAAAAACCUUUUAAAAUUGAUAGGUACCUUUUGUUUAGGUCUUAUUCUUGCCUAAUUGGUGGACAGUAUUUGCUGCUCUUACAGCCAUUUAUGUAUCAAAUUUUAAUGACCAGUUUUUGCAAACUAGAUAUAUUUGCAAACGGAUUCAGAUUGCUUUUAUCUAUAAGCAUUCCAAAAGUUUCAUAUUUCAUAAAUUAUAUAUACAUAUAUUUUCACCUGUGUUUUAAGUUGUGCGUCAUAAGUUUAUUUUCGAAAUAAAUAUCUUUUGUACAUUUCAAUAAAACGUAAAUGUUC